AAAAGGGAAGGUGAUGGGGAGCGGGCGUUCGCACUCGCCGCGCCGCACGAGUUGCACGGCUCCGGCGGGCCGGACCUGGACUCUAUAAAAGGAGCCCAACUGCUCCGCAGCUCACACGCUCCUCCCGGGCUGGCGCACGCCGCUUCCCUCCAGCUCCCCCAGACACCUGCCCCCGGCCGGCGUGCCGCGCCAGGUCCCCCAGACCCGUGCGCCCGGCGGCAUGGCUCCGAGCGGUGCCCGUGGGACCGAGGUGGCGGCGGUGGCGACGCGGUGCGAGCAGCCGCGGCCCCAGCCCCCGAGUCCCCCCUCGUGCGGCUCGGUCUCCGCGGGGCAGCUCGCCGGAGUGGCCAGCGCGUGAAGAGAAGGGAGGGCAGAGCUCGGGCGCGAGGCGCGGCGCGGCUCCCAGACUUCACCCCACCCAGCUCUGGCGACCGCAGCUGCCGCAGGAAACUGCCCCCGGCUGGGGAGGGGGGCGGGAAUGCAAGACCAGGACUCCUCGCUGACCCGCAAGCUUUGGUCUCCACAGCUGAGAAACUCCUGCGGGCCGAGUCUGCAGAUUAAGGAGCGCCCGGGUUAGGAGACGCUCAAGCCCGAGCAAUUGGGGUAAGAGACCCCACCUGGCUGAUGCUCCCUCCUCAGAGACUACACCGUCCUCGCCCACUAGACGCGCAGGUGGGAGCAGGAGCGGAGCGGGCCUCGGCAGGCGAGUCCUUAGUACCCCGCGGCUAAGACGGGGCGUGGAGAGGAGCAGCCAGAGACGCGGCGCCGGCGCCAGGCGCACUGGAAGGGCCGCGGCCGCCUGCCUCGGCUGCCUCGCCCUUGACCUCUGGUUUCAGCUGGGAACCUGGGUAGAGGAGUAAUUGAGGAACCCACGGAACUGACUACCAACCAGGGGACAAGACUGUGGUCUCCUCCGCGGCCCUUCCGCCCUCUCCCUCGUCCGCUCCAUGCCAGAGAGCUGCGCUCCAGGGCCAGGGCGAGGAGAGACAUGGAGGAAACGGGCGCUCAGUGCGCCCGGCCGCCGCCCGCGGGCUCCCAGACUGGGCUUUCUCACGCCAACGUCUCCGCUGCUCCCUCCCACAACUGCAGCGCCGAGGGCUACAUUUACCAGGACUCCAUCGCCCUGCCCUGGAAAGUACUGCUGGUCGUGCUGCUGGCGCUCGUCACCUUGGCCACCACGCUCUCCAACGCGUUCGUGAUCGCCACUGUGUACCGCACGCGGAAGCUGCACACCCCGGCCAACUACCUGAUCGCCUCCCUCGCGGUCACCGACCUGCUCGUGUCCAUCCUGGUGAUGCCCAUCAGCACCAUGUACACGGUCACCGGCCGCUGGACGCUGGGCCAAGUGGUCUGCGACUUCUGGCUGUCGUCGGACAUCACCUGUUGCACAGCCUCCAUCCUGCACCUCUGUGUCAUCGCCCUGGACCGCUACUGGGCCAUCACGGACGCCGUGGAGUACUCAGCUAAAAGGACUCCCAAGAGGGCGGCAGUCAUGAUCGCGCUGGUGUGGGUCUUCUCCAUCUCCAUCUCGCUGCCGCCCUUCUUCUGGCGCCAGGCCAAAGCCGACGAAGAGGUGCUGGACUGUGUGGUGAACACCGACCACGUCCUCUACACGGUCUACUCCACGCUGGGCGCUUUCUACUUCCCCACCCUGCUCCUCGUCGCCCUGUACAGCCGCAUCUAUGUGGAAGCCCGCUCCCGGAUUUUGAAACAGACGCCCAACAGGACCGGCAAGCGUCUGACCCGAGCCCAGCUGAUCACCGACUCCCCCGGGUCCACGUCCUCGGUCACCUCCACUACCUCUCGGGCUCCCGACGUGCCCAGCGAGUCGGGGUCUCCUGUGUACGUCAACCAAGUCAAAGUGCGAGUCUCCGACGCCCUCCUGGAGAAGAAGAAACUCAUGGCCGCUAGGGAGCGCAAAGCCACCAAAACCCUGGGCAUCAUUCUGGGAGCCUUCAUUGUGUGCUGGCUGCCCUUCUUCAUCAUCUCCCUGGUGAUGCCGAUUUGCAAGGAUGCCUGCUGGCUCCACUUGGCCAUCUUUGACUUCUUCACGUGGCUGGGCUAUCUCAACUCCCUCAUCAACCCUAUCAUCUAUACCAUGUCCAAUGAGGACUUCAAACACGCGUUCCAUAAACUGAUAGGCUUUAAGUGCACAAGUUGACUUGUCAAUUGCAGUGAGGUGGCCUAAGCGGCCUUUGGGGACCAUGUUGUGUCUGGUUCCACAGGUAGGUCGACUCUUGUUUCACUGUUACUGGGUCGGAAUCAGGCGCUCUCUUCUGGGCAAGGGCAAUGGAUCCUGAGAAGCCAGGAGAGCCCUGAGAGAGUGCUCUGAAAGGAGAACUGUUCACACUAAAGAGAGAGCUUUCUUGCUGAGGAGCAGGCUCCCUUCCUCCCCUCACACCCCAGGUUCAGCACUGACUCUGCCACAAGCAGUCACAAGGGGGGUUGCAACUUUUUAAAAAUGGAUGAUGGCAAGGAGAUCGCUGCCCUGCUGUAGUAUCAUGGAUCAUGCCCUCUAGAACCAGUGGUACUUGUAGUCGUCUGAAGCCUGUCUGAGACAGAUCUACAUACACUCUGGCAGUACUUGAACUAGACGCUUAAUACCUUGAGUUUUGGGGAGAAUUUUGUGUUACAACUUCAUUUAAGAACAGUUACUUUAGCAUCCUUCAGUCUUCAGUUUUUGUUUAUUUGAACUUGGUUGGAGAAACUUAUGGAUUUGGUGCUUCAAACCCUAUGUGUGGCUUGGAUUGUAUGGCACAGAGAAACCUUGAAGAGUUAACAGCAGAAUUCUGAUGUUAAGAUCUCUAUUUUUAUUAGAAUUGAAACUAUAUGGGG